AUGCGACUGCGGCACCUGAAAAUCCCCUUCUUCCUCGCGAUCGUCGUCUCGCUCUGCUGCUGGUGCUUGCUCGUCGUGACCUUCACGGGCGCGCCGACGACGACGAUCCGCAGCUCCAAGUCCUACUUCGCCGAUGUGCUCAACCGCGCCCGCUUCCAGAAGCAGAUAUCGCCGACGAUGAUGCAGCCGCAGAACCGCAUGACACUGCCGCCCGCGCCGUACUGGCGAGUUAACAGCACCAAGACCGACUUCGAGUGCUUGGGCUGGCGACAGACAGGCGGCUGUUCGCCCGAUGGUCCGCGCGAAAUGAACGAAGACAAGCCAUGCGAUGCCAAGAUUGAAGCAGGCACGUCGGGCUAUUGCGAAUCCAUCCACCGCCCGUCCGGUCAAGUUGUGCGCAGCUUCCAGAGCACGUGCGAUGGCAUGAAGUACGGGUCUCACUUUACCUGUUCGCAGACAGGGUAUGCUGCUUGUGCUCGGCGUUGGAUGUUGACAUUCUUGUCCAGGGAGUUUUUGACGUACGCCGACAUGCCGCUGACGUACAAGGUGCGACUCUUUCAACUGCCCGUGAAGGUGUCGAUCAAGAAGCGCUUCGACCUGUCGCGCGGCGUGGUCAUGGCCGUGUACCCCAAGGUUAUGAAAAGCGCGUAUGCUGCGAUCCGCCGGCUUCGGGACACGGGGUGCACACUUCCUGUGGAGCUCUGGAUCCGCCUCGACGAAAUGAAGCUCGACCACCCAGUGCUCAAGCUCCUGACCGACAAGUACAACUGCUUUGUGCGCGAGAUCCUCGACGAGGCCGCCACCCAUUUUUACGUCAAGCCGUACGCCGUGUACCACAGUGCAUUUGACCAAGUGCUUUUGCUCGACUGCGACAACUUUGUGGCGGUGGACCCGACGUACCUCUUUGACACGCCCGAGUUCAAGGAAACAGGUAUGCGCGAUGUUCUGGCCGACUUUUGGAGCAUGCGCAAGACGAUUUUCAACAUCCACAACAAUUCGGUGCUCUGGGAACUCCUCGGCGUGCCGUUCGUCGACAUGUUCGAGCAAGAGUCGGGCCAAGUGCUCGUUGACCGCACGAUGAGCGCCGAGCCGCUGCGCAAUCUCAUGUUUUACAGCUUUCACGAGCCGCGCUUGAUCGAGCUCUUGGACAUGGCGUGGGGCGACAAGGACCUCUUCCGGUUUGCGUGGCUGCGGGCCAACCAGCCUUUCCACAUGAUCCAAAAGCCGCCGGGGUCGGCCGGCGUCAAGCACGUCACCUACGAUCUCUUUUGCGGGCACACGAUGGUGCAGCACGACCCGCAGGGCAACAUUGUGUUUCUCCACCGCAACACGUACAAGCUCACCGGCUCGCCGGACGCGCCCCUCAUUUGGGACCACAUUCAGCAGUUCCGGCUGCCCGUGGCCGACGAGGCGUACGACGUGCGCGGCGCCAACGGCGGCGAAGUGUUCCCCGACUUCAAGCGCUGUUUUGGCAAGGACACUGCGUACGAGCCCACGUUCCUCCUCACGCCGCUCAAGGACUUUGCCUUUGGCGACCUCGAGCCUUCGAUCCUGCAGUAUGCGCACGAGGCGUGGCUGCUCGUGCCCGACGAGACGGAGAUGCCCGAAGGGCCGUAG